ACCCGGGAGUACAUCGUUACCAUUGCCUGUGUGACAGCGUUAGCUGCUGGAAACAUGUUAGGUACUUCUUGUUAGUUUUUUCAAGUUUAGUCAGGCUUCUGUUUAACUAACCAUUUGCUUUGUUUUUUAUCGGGUCCACGCUCUAAGCUCAGGUAAUAUGCAAAAGAACUGUGUAUUGUAUUGUCACCUAGCUAACGACUGUAGUUAGCAGGUGCGUCGCAUUAUAAAUAGUUUGCAUAGCUAACAGUUAGAUACGUAAUUAGUCAACUAACUACAGCUGGGCUGGCUGUAGUACAUCAACUAUCAAGUCGUUUUUAUUCGUGUACAUUUAUGCCACGUUCACAAGCCAGUCGGAACUAAGAAAACUCGGAAAUGUCCAACUUGCAAAUUAGUGUGAACUCGGCAUAUAUUUAUUGACACGCUUUCUCUAAACAUUAACACGCAUCGCUUAUUGUAAGCUUUCAUAUCAGCGAGAAAUCAUUUUCAAAAAACAAAAGGUGACAUUUACUACACCUUUUUAUAGGGUUAGUGUUCACACAUGGCCAUAUCUCCAUGUUACAUCGCUUGUUUACAGAAAAAAAAUAGGCAGCCAACCUGUGCUAAUUAGUUAUCUGACGUGCUCCGAACCCCUGUGUAUAAGCAUAACUGGUGAGUGUAGUUCGUCAGCUGGAGGCACACAGUAUGUGGAUCUGUGCAAAACUGCUAAGCUUUCAGCCAGCUGUAGACGUGGAAAGAUGCGGGGCAUAGACAUCCUGGAGAACUUUGAGAUCUACAUCCCCAAAGAGGCAGAGGUGAAAAUCACCUCUAUUCUGACUCUGCCAACCUCCAUCUUGAGAAGGAUGGGAGUGCCCCGCUCUCAGGGUGGCAGUGCAAAGAGCGUUUCUUCGCCUUUGGCCACGUGGAUCUCGCCAGUGGUCAUCCGAGAGAGAGGCUGUUCACCGGCCAGCCCUACAGUGGAUACAGCCAAGAUUAACCUGACCUCAAUGGUGACCAAGGAACCCAAGGCAGCCCAGGGUCCCUUCUUGAUCCCAUUUGUCUCCUCCAGCGGCACGGCCUUCAAUGUCCUCAGGGAGUUCUUGCCCUCCAGACAGAACUUCCAGCAGGGUACUGCCACCCAGAUUGACCCCCUCCCUCAUGGCCUGCCCCCUGUCCCCCACCAGGAUGCCAUCAUCAUCCACAAGGGGAGGAUCUUCCUGUCAAUCAAGAAAGCAAAGACUAUCAGAGGAAAGAGGCAGCACAGCCCUGACCUGAAUAACUUGUUGUCUUCCGAGGCCCCUCAGACCACACAGCGAAAACUGAUCUUCCUCUCACCUGCCAGGAAGAGCCAGAAGAAGUCCUGCCCCACAUCUCCAAAGCCGUCUCCUAAAAAGCCCCAGGGGAAGUGGGCAUUGCUGCAGAGGUUCGGCCUGACCCACCAAGUCCAGGUGAAGUUGUCCAGAAUCCCCCAGGGGGACAUUGAGCCACAGCAGACUGCCGAAGAGGAUCAUAACACAGAGCAAGAUCAAGUCAUACGGAAGUUAUUGAACGCCAACAGGUUGUUAAAGGAGACUGCUGGCAGAUGUCCUGAACAGGAGAUGGAGUUGGUGACUCAAGAGGAAAACAAGCCUUUGAAUGAGGAGACCCAAGAAUCAUUAUCAAAGACAGCAAAUUGGCACCCUUGCUCAAGCGAAGGCUUUCAGGGCAGAGGUGGGAUUACCAGUGAGACAGAUGAUGAUGCUGAGGAGGAGCCUGAGGAAGAGGGAUGUCACAAUUUGGGUAGUGUCAAACAACGACGAGUUGAAGACAAAGGUAAGAGUGGGGCAGAGGGCCAAGCCACCAAUGGGGAUGAGUCUGAGGUGGAAGAUCUCUCUGUUACGGCUGUUGCUUUGAGUGACAGCUUACCUCCACCAGAGGCCCUGAAUGCAGACCAAAGCAGUGAUACGGUUAUGCAAGUUGACUUCACGGGGGACAGUGUUCAGAGUUGGACGGCGGAGUUCCCAAUCAUACCCGCUCUAGCCCCCACCCCCAAACAGAACCAUGGUUUUGACUUUGAGCAUUCGGCCCGUGAGGAGAGGAUCAACCGUAUCAGGGCCAAACUGAGAGAGAGCGAGGCUGCCCUCAACAACCUGCGCUCUCCAAGUUGACUGUCUUCAAAGUGGGAAACAAUUAUUUCAAGGGCCCUCAGAUGUUGAAUGCCAUGAACGAUUAUUCCACACACUUUCAUUUAAGCGCUGUUAGAACAUCCAUUCUGUAACUAUUAUUUUUUUAAAUGUUGGAACCCAUAAACUUCUCCACUCCUUAUCUUCCAAGACCUGUGAUCCAUCAUCUUUGAUGGGCAAAAAUAUUUUACGUUAGAAAUAAGUCAAAUCUAAAUUCUAUAAUUUUAUUAGAAAAUUCAAAAGGAAUUUUUACUUUUCGUUUGAUUAUAUCUGAUGUGAAAGCAGUGUUUGUUUGCUCAAACUUGCCCAGCUAUUGAAUUUGAAGAUUAGUUAUUAGAGUUGCAGUUAUUCUUUUAGGGCUGGAUUCAGACUUUUUUCAAUACUUUUUGAUUUACGCAGUUCUCAGUUGUUGGUAUUCAGAAUUGAUGGGCUUUACAGGUGUGGCUCCCUUGCACUCACUACAUUUAUAUAAUUAAAAUACUGAAACCCCUCCCACUUGCUGGGUAACAGAUUUUCUUGUUGAGGAUUCCAUUUAAAUACAGUGUACCUUUUUAAAGCUACAAUAUGUACAUUUUUGUGGCGACCAGACCAAAUUCUCAUAGAAAUUUGUUUUAAAGAUCUGUAAUUCUCAUUGAAAGUAAGUCUAAGAAGCAGUUCUGCGUGCCAUUUCUAUGCUAAGUUUAGAAUUUGCGUCUUUUGGUUUUGUACACCAGAUUCAAACCGCUGACAGCUGGUUUAGAUGGUACAAUGGUUUUCUACACCAAACAUCGCUUGUUUUGUCACAAUCUGAAAUAAAGCUAACUUUAAAUUUUAGCAACCAUAAAAUGGCAGAGCGGUUUCUGAAUAUUGCACCUUUAAUUCAAAUUUUCUCGACAUACUCAUUCGAAUAUAUUGAGAGAACGAGAUCAGAAUAGGGAUCAAUGAAAGUCACAUACUGCGUUGUCUUGGCUAUGUGCUUAGGGUUGUUGUGCUGUUGGAAGGGGAACCUUUGCCACAGUGUGAGGUCCUGAGCGCUCUUUAGCAGGUUUUCAUCAAGGAUCUUUCUGUACUUUGCUCUAUUCAUCUUUCACUCGAUCCUGACUAGUCUCACAGUUCCUAGUUCCUGCCACUGAAAAACAUCCCCACAGCAUGAUGCUGCCACCACCAUUCUGCACAGUAGGGAUGGUGCCAGGUUUCCUCCAGACGUGACGCUUGGCAUUCAGACUAAAUAGUUCAAGCUUGGUUUCAUCAGACCAGAGAAUCUUGUUUCUCAUGGUUUGAGUUUUCAGGUGCUUUUCUGGCAAACUCCAAGUGGGCUGUCAUGUGCUUUUUUUACUGAGGAGUGGCUUCUGUCUGGCCACUCUACCAUAAAGGCCUGAUUGGUGGAGUGCUGCAUAGAUGGCUGUCCUUCUGGAAGGCUCUUCCCAUCUCCACAGAGGAACUCUGGAGCUCUGUCAGUGACCAUUGGGUUCUUGGUCACAAACCGGAGCAAGGCUCUUCUCCCCCGAUUGCUCAGUUUGGCCAGGCAACCAACUUUACGAAGAGUCUUGGUGGUUCCAAACUUCUUCCAUUUAAGAAUGAUGGAGGUCCCUUUCAAUGUUGUAGACAUUUUUUGAUGGCCUUCCCCAGAUCUGUGCCAAGCUUGUCAUGAUCCUGUCUCGGAGCUCUACGGACAAUUCCUUUGACUUCAUGGCUUGGUUUUUGCUCUGAAAUGCACUGUCAACAGUGGGACCUUUUUAUAUAGACAGGUGUGUACCUUUACAAAUCCAACUUACCACAGGUGGACUCCAAGUUGUAGAAACAUCUCAAGGAUGAUCAAUGAGCAUAAUUUAAAAUCCCAUAGCAAAGGGUCUUAAUAUAUUUGCAAAAAAUUUUAAGCCUGUUUUCGCUUUGUCAAUAUUGGGUAUUGUGUGUAGAUGAGGAAAAUAAGGCUUGUCACGUAACAAAGUGGAAAGUGAAGGGGUCUGAACUUUCCGAAUGCAAUGUAUGUAAGCCUAUUGCUAGUGACCCUCUGGAUUAACCACACUUAUGUGACAGGAAAGAUGGGUAAACUAACCAUGUAAUGGUUAGGACUAACUAAAGUGAUAGUUAGUAUGUGGGUAUUACUGACGGUGGCUAAUAUUUAAUUCAAUAGAAAUUGUCAAAACAAACCACUGAUAAGUUGGGGCAUAUAAUUGAAACAUUCUAGAGUGCAUAAAUCAUCUCGGUAGGUUCAGAGUUACUGUCAGUGUGCACAGGUUACCAUAGGCUCCAGCCUCGGCUUGGAUCUCCAAAUUCAGCCCCCACAAAUGAUGAAGCCAUAGGCCUACAAUGAUAAUUUUGAAUAACAUCACUGCUGUUUAUAAUUCAUUGUGGAAAAACCUGACAAGUUUACAUGCUUUUCAGUUUGCUGAAAUAUGACUUUCACAUUCUGUCGCCAGUGAUCAUAAGGUAAAAUGUAUCUAAAGCAAUUAAAUCAUUUUUACUAUCCCCUCAUUUACCUAGCUCUUAUCAAUGUAUAAAUGAUAGUGCAUGGAGAUUGGUGUUAUUUUUAUUGGGGGGGAAAUAAUUAGCUUUUCCACAUGGAACUGACAGGUUGCUCGAUCAUCACAGUUUCCUCAUGAGUAAAGGUGGUGGCAUUAUGAGGGAAUUCAGUCAAGUUCAGAAUACAGCGUACCUGAAAGAGACACCACCACACCUUCAUUUCUUUGAUUGCCACAUUAAAUGCUUACCUUAGCUGGCACUGGCAUUUCCCCUAGCACAAGAUCAAGGUCAGAAUACACAGAGAAGUGCCUAAAAACUGAAUAAAGUUCCAUUCACGCGUGUGUAACUCUGGUCUGAAUUCCCCCUUUAGAGACACAAUUAGUUACAUUUUUUUCCUCUUCACAUUUUGAACAUUGUCAAAACAUUGUGUUAAAAGUACAAGUUGUAUCUUAUUCUCCUCCCAUUUGGAACAGUAUUUAUACUGCGGGUUGAAUAUUUUUUGUUUUCAAGAUGAUUGUUAGAUGAUACUGCACAAGUUCUUACUAGAUGCUGAAAAUGAGUCCCUCUCAAGUUGUUACAUUUAUAAGUGGAGGAAUCCUUCAGAAGCACAACACCCAGGUCGCCACCUGUGGCAGCAAAGUCUUACUGUGAGACUAGUCAAUGGGAAGUUUGAGUUCUGCCAAAUAACUUUGUUUUGUGUAGUCUCAUAACAUUGACCUUGUGCAAUAAAGCAACUAAUGUUUGUA